AAAGCUAGUCUAGUAAUGGCGGAUUAGGUAAAAAAUUCUUUGAAAUAUUGGAGAUCUGCCAGAGUUGCUGUAGUUUCUGGCUAAAAUUUAUCCCUAUCCCUCUCGAUUGUUAUCUUAAAGAAUAUAUCAGCCACAGAUUUGAUGGCUGAACGUGAAGAAGACGUCUAUGAGAGAAAGGAAAGCAAGAAAGAUAAAGGGUAUGUGGCCUUUCGAUCUGACGAUGACAGCGUCGGCGAAGAAGAGGAAGAAGAGUCUAGGUAAAUGAUCAUUGAAUUUCUGGUUGUUAGUCGCUUUUAUUUCUUACUCUUUCAGUUUUACAUGCUAAAGGAAAUAUGUCAUCAGAAUCCUUAGAACGAACUUUGUUUACAUAUUUUGAACGCCUCAACGAAUCAAUAUUUUGACCUCGCCUCGCCCUUCGUAAAAAAAUUUGAAAGGAAAGUAUUAUUUCAUAAUUUGUAACUCUACUCCACAUAAUUUUUUAUCAAUUUUUAUUUUGUCCAAUUAAUCGCACUCCGUCGAGAGCAUGAUAUUGGAUGAAUUUGACAUGCUAAUGGAGCAGUUUUUGGGUCAUUUUUGUUUUAAAACAUUUAAUGUGAUAACGAUCAAAUAUUCAGUGAAUUUCAAAGGGAUUCCGGCGAGUGUAAUCCCUAAUUGAUUCGGCGUGAUAUUCAAAUCCGUUUUCCUGUCAAUCAGGAAGUAAAGCGGCAAAAGUAUUGCUGAUUUAAUGAAUGUAUCCACGAAAACAAAGAAAAAGCAAUCACUCGUCGUUUCCAUUCAUAAAAUUGGUGCACAAUAGCUUUCCGAACAGGUGUUAGUGUGAACAAAGGUUCCUCUUGUUCUCAGCUCUUUUCUGGCCACUCCUAAACUAAGAGCAAACUCUAACAAGAAACCAAGCAACAUAUACAAAUACUCUUCAAUUUGAAUUUGUUUUCAUAUAUUUUAAACUGCUUUUUUCAUUCCCAAGCUGCAGUGAGAUAUAAAUAUGAAUUUAUCCCCAAGCACAUGUACUUAUAAAUCCAGAUGGUAAGAGUUCUAGUCCAAAGAUCUGAAUGAUAUUUUCCUUUCCACCUGCUAUACAUUUCUCUCAAAAUGAUUCUGGAUAUUAUGUUAUUUCAUCAAGAAAACACUGUCUUGCUGAGAAGAAUAUCUAUUCCCAUAAAUCAUUUACUUUGCAAUGCAUUGCAACUUUAGGGAGACGUUACUUUUAAUCACUUCUAUAGAAUGAAUAGUGAACUGCCCAAGAGGAAAUCCAAUACUAAGCAGACAUGCUGAGUUAAAAUAUGUAAAUGUAUUCAUUUUGUCUUUCCUGUGACAUGGAAGGAGACAAAAACUAUUCAUACACACAGGUUUGAUUUUGGUGAAGGAGAAAACUGAUAAUGAUUAGACAAACUUGUUUCAUCUUUACAAAGAGAUUAAAAAACUCUUCAGAAUUUGAAGGAGGAUGUUAUCAACUCUCUUCGGUUAAAAGGUGAAUUAUACUCAACAUUUAAGUAUUUGUCUGAGGGUUUUUUUUUUAUGGUAUGUGAUGAAUACUGUUUGAAAAAUUGUCUUUGUCUCAUGGUUCUUUGUGCCUCUUUGUUUUAAUUUUCAAGGCCUAAAGGCAAGAAAGUGAAGAGAGAAAAGUCAAGAUCACUGGCUCUUCGCAUAAAACCUAAAAAGCAGAAGAAGGAGAAAGAAAACAAAGAAAAGGAAAAGGAUAAGAAAAAGAAGAAGAAAUCAGAAACACUCUCACCUCCUCAGGCACCAAGUAAGCAAGGACCAAGCUGUUUUCAGAAAAAAAGGGCAAAGAAAUUAUGGCGUUCAUGUAGCCAUGUUUGAACCAGAAUGCAUCCAAACUAUUUGAAAGAUCAUGUAUAACAUAAGAAACAAAUUUUUGAUAUUGAAUUAGAUCUCAUCAGGCAUUAAUAUCUAUGUUCUGAAAGAAAACAAAAUUUUGAGGGGGGAAGAAAAUCUUUACACAAUCAUGUGCAAGGCAGUUCUUUUCUCACAAUCUUUAUUAAUGUCUAGUUCCGUUCAUCAAUGACUCUGACAGAAUUUAUUUAUUACCUCACGAAAACUCAUUUUUCCAGUGGGAAUUAAAUUUUUUUAGCUUUUGUUUUUUUUCUGAAUAGUUUUUUUAAUGUCUUGUGCAUGUAUCUGAAGCACUUGCUACCUGGAAACUGAAGAGAGCGUUUAUUACAAAUAUAAAGUGGUAGUUACAUUAGUUUUGUACUCUCUUCUCCAAGGGAAGGCUGUGUUUGGAGUUCCUUUGGAAGUUGCAGUCAAACAAUCCAGGUUCCCAGAUGGAGUAGAACUGCCAAGAGUAUUCAGAGAGGGGAUCGUUUACAUUGAAGAAAAUUGUAAGAUGAUGAGAUAAGACUGAGUGGACUUUUAAAAUAAACUUUGCAAGCAUUUGAUCUACAAAUUAGGUUUAAAUUUUUCAAUGUUAUUUAAUGUGACAUGGUCAUCUGCGGCAGGGCUUAUACCAUAAAUGCUGCCUAACGAUAGCUCAUGAAGUUUUUCACAGAAUUUAAUGUACUUUGUAUUAAAAAUAAUGUUGGAUCUUCAGGUUUGGAAAUUGAAGGGAUUUACAGAGUAUCUGGAAUGAAGUCUAAAGUAGACACUUUAAAAGAACUGUAUGACCAAGGUAUGUUCCCAUUUCUUCAACGAUUGUGGCAUAUGGCAAUAGAUUCCUUGACCCCUAAGAUAGCAUCUUAUUUCUCCUUACAGUGUCAUCCCAAAUAAAACAAGUUAUGAGAAUAAAGGAAAUGAUCACCAGCUAAAGAAGCUCUUUAUGGUUAAACAAAUUCACAUGAACUUCGUAAUGGGCGUUGCUCACCAUAGAGUCUCUGUGGCUCCGUGGUAGAGCAUCGGGACAGGGAAUCCACAGAAGGCCUGAGGUUCGAUUCCUCAUGGGGACUCAGAAUUUUUCUUUGUCCCAUGCCUGUGACAAGAUGAAAAACACCUUUCUCUACUUCUUUACUGGGCUUAAAACUUUCCGUCUCUCUUCUUCUAUGUACAAACAUGACGCUAUCAACAUUGCUGAUCCUAGCAGUAUGCAGGAUGCAUGUCAUAUAUGAACUUCGUAAUAGGUCUCCCUUACUGUAGAGUCUCUAUGGCUCAGAGGUAGAGCAUUGGAGUGUAGAAUCCGAAGGUCUGAGGUUCGAUUCCUCAUGGAGAUUCAGAUUUUUUUCUUUUUCCCAUGCUCAUGACAAGACAUCUUUCUCAAAUUCUCCUUGUCGGGAAGUGUAUAAGGAUCAAUGUAUAGGGGCCAAACUACUAAGUCUUCAUACUAGAUUUGAUAAUAUUUAUCAAACAAACAUUGAAUUAUAUUUGUAUUUUUUAAUGCCUUAUAAUUUGAACAUUUUAUUUUUAGGAAAGUCAGUGGAUCUCACAGAGUAUGAAGCUGAAGCUGUGACCAGCCUAAUCAAGCUGUACAUCAGAGAAUUACCUGAAAAUAUACUCACCCCUGCACUGCUUCCAAAGUUCAACGAAAUAUCAGGUAAAAAAAAAAAAGACAUGCAUUUACACAGUGGAUAUGAUGAAUCUCAAACCGAUAUUAGUGCCUUUGAAGGGCAACUAUUACAAACCAACAGUGGUUAACCAAAAAAACCAGUUCAGGGCACUUGUGGUCAGAUUUCUUGAAAUGAAUCUUCCAAUCUUCACUGAAAUUUGAUUUGAUUGUUAAAAUAAUUACUUGAAAUAAUUACUUUGAUUCAAUAUGUGUAAUAUUUGAUAAAUAAAAUUUUUGUCAAAAUAUUAUUUACAGCUACACAAGAAAGAAAAGAUCAACUGGAGAAGGCCAAACUUUUGUUAGCGGAACUACCAGCAUGUAACAGGACCUUGUUGGCUUGGCUGUUCACUCAUAUGUCACAUGUUAUAGAAAAGGUUUAAACAUUUGAUUUCUCUCCAUCCUAACAUCAGUAUGCAUAUUCUCCAUACUGUUCUCUAUACAUUUACUAAGGUGCUUACAAGGAGAAUUUGUUUAACAAUCAAGAGCUUCUUUGGUUGAUGGUCAUUUCAUUUAUUCGUGUGGCCUUCAUUUAUUCAUGUGAUCCAGGGGUGAUAUUGUAAGGCAAAAUUAUAUGCUAGGGUUAAAUUAAGUCUAGUUAGUUAUAACUUCACUUCACAAACCUCCGUGAGAUGUAAUAGUGUAGGCUAUUAUUAUUAUUAGGUUUGGUUGUGGAAUUUUAAUUUCAAUUUGAGCGCUUCAUGCACCAUUGAAAGUUCCAAUUGUUUACUUUGUCACACUAAAGAAUACCUGAAAAUCGAAUUUCGAUCAACCAACACAGAAAAUACGUAGAUUAAAAGAUUGUUUGAUUGUUUGUCUCACAAUGUAAGAGUCAGGCUGAUUAAUUAUGUAUUGACUGCAACAUUUUGAGUGCCACAUUGUUUGUCUUUGUCUGGUGACCAGGUCAAAAGUUUACAUCUUACACAUUUAAUGACCUUUGUGAUCUUUCAUUUUCUAGUAUUCAUCAAACAGAAUGAAUCUACAGAAUAUUGGCAUAGUUCUUAGUCCAACAAUGAACAUAGGACAUGGCAUACUGUUCAUCUUCCUAAAUUAUGUUGGUGAACUCUUCCCUGAUACAAAAAUUACAAGGUGAGUAUUGGUUCUUUAAUGUGAGAGGGUGGCCUCAGCUGGUAACCCAUGGGAGAACUAUUGAAAGUGAGUCUAGAACAAUUGCUGGUGUCCCUUAAAGUAUUUACCAGGGAUGGGGGGUGGGGUGGGAUGGAAGUAGGGUGGGGCCAGUGAGGAAAGAUUUAAAAGCGAGUUUGUGGCUGUGCUGGUUUCUAUGUUGUCUAUGUUGGUGCAGGUAAGAAGGGGGGGGGGGGGGACGAGAGAGAGGGGGAUUGGUUUUAAUAAAUGCAUCCACUUUGUUUUUGGUUUUAAGACAUUCAAUUACAAGGCUUUCUUUUCUUUUGAGUUACAAUGUUUUGUUUAUGAUGAUAGGUAUGAUGAAUCACUUACCAGGACCAUCAGAAUGGAUGAAGAUGAGGAAGAUUUACCCAGUAGUCCUGGGUAAGAAAAUAAACCGCAGUUUAUUUCAAUUUUUCUUGAUCCUGUUUGUAGCUCUCUGAAGAAAGCCACCUAAGAUGUUUUUAGUGCCUGUAACUGUCAGAUGGAAAUGCAGUGCAACAAAUUAUUUUUCCUCCCAUUCUAGAGGAGUCUUGGUCUCUCCAACUGUUGUAAAUAAAUUAUGAGAAAAAGUGGUUUAAACUAAGAGUCAGUCAAAAUAUAUCUUGGGUAGUUCUAGAGAUUGUGGAAGAUCAUUGCUGAAAGAUCAAGUGGCUCACUACUGCCUUAGCUCAUUCCUAGUUUUUUUGCUGUGAAGUGACUUGUAAGGAGUACUGUAUUUCCUCGAAUAAGCACUCGUAGCUUAUUUAAUAAAUUUUUUGGCUGAAAGAAAGGGCAGUUAUUUAAAGGAAGGUGCUUUUAUCAGGAAUCUUUUAACCUGUACUGAUUCAACUGUUAUGAAGCUUUAAAAGCUAUAAUUAUAAAGUGGCAACAUAUUUAGGUUUUGUUUGUAUCCCUAUCCUAGAAAGCAAGGGAGGAGGAGGGGGGGGUGCCUUUACAAGGGGGGUGCUUGUUUGAUAUAUUGGCCCAGGGGGUGGAUGCGUAUUCAGGGAGGGUGCUUAUUAGAGCAUGGGUGCUUAUUUGAGAAAUUACACUAUGUUUACUUGUUAGUCUAUAACAGGUUACCCUCUAGCAUUUUUAAACAAUUUUCUGACAGUUUUCCAAUACCCAUUUAAAUAUUCUUGGGUGGAGAGAGACACUGUAGGAGGAAAUAGGCUUGUCUGAGAACCGAACAAACAAAGUGACCCAGCUAAGUACUGGCAAAGAAGUUUUGAUUCUUAGUCUAGGGCAUCAACCCCAAGGUGUGCACUUCCUGGCCACUACUUUUCCAUCUUAUUAAUGCAUGGUAAUCAACAGAAAUGAUUAAUUAUGCAUCAUUGUGAAAAUUUCUGCAGUGCAAUAGCAUCAGCACUGGCCAAACAAGAGGCAGUUCUCUCUCAACUUCAUGAAGAUCUCAACAUGAAAACAGACAAUUUGCAGGUAAAUAACACUUAGUUCAGUUUUUAAUUGUUAUAUGACAUUUAUUGCCUUUAAGCCUUUAAGUGGCUCACACUCAUCUGAAUUCCAUGGCUUGAAGCACCCAGGAGUACUGCCACUCCCUACUGGAUGAGAUGUCAUGGUCAGCCCAUAGGUUUCAUCGAUCAAAUAUAACAAGGUCUUUCCUUUCAAUUACUCUUGCUUUGCAUAUUGAAUGGAAAAAAUAAGCCAUUGGGAAUGAUGCUAAUUACUGUAAAUUAUAAUUCCUAUUUUAAUUUUGUUGAUUUACGGGGUGGAGUGUUUGUUUGAGUUACAGUUUGCGGGUCAAGAUGAAAUGCUCUGGGAAGUCCAACGGAAGGUGACCCUUCUCAAGAGAAAGGUAUAUGUUAAACAACUAACCCAAGAUCUGACAGUUAAUUCUCCCUUCUAGCUGCCUUACCUUUCCUUGUAAAUUAGUUAUGAGAUUUUAGAGUUACAUCAAGACUAAAACUUCUACCUGAUAAGUUUGAGUGUUCUCUUUACCUGUUUACUGGAGAAUUUAUGGAUAUUAUAGGGAGAACUGAUACGUUAAUCACUUCUGGAAGUUAAAGGGUUAAAUGUAACAUAUAUCUCUUAGAGAGUAUCAGGUAGUUCUUUUGACUGUAAGCUCAGUGUCUUCCUUGUGUGUCUUUUGCAAAAUAGACAAUCCAAUUAUUACAGCAGGGUGGUUCUGUACGUGGUUAAGGGUUUUCUGUAAUAUUUUUAGGCAACAUAUUCAUAAUCAUUCCUAGUUUGCAAGACAGAACAUAAUUUUUCUUUUCUCUUUCUCACCCCAUAGCUUAGGAAUGCUAAGAAGAAAAUUCCACAAACCCCACAACCAGUGGAACACCAGAAAACUCAAGUUACUGUUGAGAAGUUGGAACAUCCUUUUGAAAAACCAGCAGAGGAUAAUGGUAAUUUAUUCAUAUAUGAUGGGUGAUUUCACUGGAAAGAAACAUAUGUUGAUCUGUUAAAAUAUUUCAAAUUUGUCAUAGGCUGUUUUGCCUUUAUUUUUACCAACCUUGACUUCUUGAUGUUAUUUAUUUCAACAAAAUUACUGAAAUUUUGAGACAUGUGAUGUUGAAACUUCCUCCUAACAAGAGGUCAGGUGGAGUGCACCUUACAACCCCCACCCAGCCCCUCCAGCUUUCUUCUUGACUUGUGGAGGAUAGAGUGCAAGCCAAAGAAGCCCCCUCCCCACCCCAUUAAGUUUUGUCUUGAUUUCCCAAGCAAAUUAAAUUGACAUGGCUGAAUCUUUUUUAAAAUCUAUUUUCAGGGUUAAUUGCACUUUUAGAAGCCUCUGAAGCAGAACUUUUACUUGAGCAAGAAGUAAGGGGAUGGUAAAAUUUGAUCUUUAAUUUUUUCAAUUUGCAGUGCUCCAAGUUGAAAUACAGAUUGAAACAUAUAAAGAAAUCAGUGUGAAAAUGCCAAAAGCUGCUUCAUUUACGCUUACAAACAAUUUCUCUGAGAACAAUUGAGAGGACCAACUAUUGAACAUCUGUGUAGCCAUCUAAAUAUUUUCACUUUCUUUUUUGGCAGGAGUUGACUCUAAUUGGAAAUGAGCUAAGGACACGGAUUGAAAAUGAGAGGAAAGAGAUCGAAAGAUUGAGUGUAAGUGUGUACAUUCAAACUCUUACAACCUCAAGAUUUUAGAGCAAAACCUUUUAACAGAUAACUAUACAUGUUUAUGUUUGCUCUUCACAAGAUUGAUGUUGUCUGCGAGGAUAACCUUGAAUUCAUUCAACAAUAUGAAAUAACAGAUUUAAACUAAGGCUUUAACUCUCUAACUCUCAGAAGUGAUUAACAAGUAACUUCUCCCUUCAAUAUCCAUGCAAUAUCCAGCAAACUGGUAAUGAGAAUACCCAAAUGUGUUGGACAGAAGUUGUUUUCUUGAUCUAACACCAAAUUCUGGUAACUAAUUUACAAGGAAAUGUGUAGCAGCUAGAGGGGAGAAUUAACAAUCAGAUCUUGGGAGUGAAAGGGUAAUAGGGAAAAUAUCAAGAUUGCGCCCAAUAUUGAAAUUCACAAAUUAAGAUUUUCCUGAAAAGAAAGAUUGGAAAUCUGCAAACCACUUUUUAUGAGCCAGAAUAUUUAACAAAGGAUACGCAAGCUAAAGAAUUGAACAAGUGCUUACCUUUUUUUCUUUUUUAUUCUAUUAUAAGUGUUUGAUCACCAAGUGAAAUCUUUGCCAGAUAGUUAAUAAUAUUCUAGUUGUAUUUUCUUUGCUUGUUUUUUAUGAGAUUGUAAUGUGAAAUAGAGAUGUUGUUAUCAUUCACCAGAUGGAAUUGACAGCUGCUAUGGCUGUAAGGGAACAAGAUCCAGACUCCACUGCAGACAGAAGUUCAGAAUCAGAUUCAUCUGAUAGUGAAGUUGUAUCCUUUCCUGUGGUAGUUCAAUCUCUGCCUACAAAACCACACACUUUAAGAAGAAUACCAAUAAAAUACCUUUAUAUGCACCUGGUGAAGGGCUAAUGCUCCCCCUUUAUGUCUCAUUUUUAACCUCAUUAAUAUUCAUGGGUGCCUUGGUCUCUUCAGGUGAGAGUGUUUCUGAUUCCAAGGUGUAUUUCUGCACAAGGCUUAAGGGUGUUUUGUCUGAUACACAGAGUUCUUACAGUCAUGAAUUUUAGAGAAAAAAAUUUAUCCCAUGUUGGUGAAUUUGACACACUUUAUCAGAAAAUUGCUCUUCAUUGGAGUUUUUUUCCUUUAUAAUGUAAUUUAUAAAAAUAAUUGUCACAAUUUAUCCUUUACUUCAUAAAAUAAAGGAAAAUGAGGAUGACCUUGAAAGAAUUUUGGCAGAGCUUAUUGCACAAAAUGCAGAACUGGAGGUAUGCUACAUUUUAUUAUCAAUUCCUGUUUUCCUAAAAUUCACUGUAUACCUUCUUACCAAAUGAAUUUAACACUAAUUUGAUUAAUUGAAAAUAAGAUUUUUUUAAAAUUUGACACAUUUAAUUUCUAUUUUUAAAACAGCGUAAGAACACAGAACUCUGCCGUAAUAUUCAUGAUGAAAGAGAAGUUUGUGUAGAGCUUCAGGUACAGAUCAAAAUUCUUGAAGCCAAGCAAGAGCAGCAGACAGAUCCUGAUCUCCAGGAUCAGAGCACAGAAAUCAGGUACUUUACACUGUUUCACUAUCAACUUGUCAGAACUGGGGAUUGUGAGGGUUCAUUUUAUUUCCUGUUCCUUUGUUUUUGGCAAAUUACUUUAAUUUGUUUUUUCAUCACCAAUUCUAUGACAAGAUCGUGGCAAGUAAAUUACUUGACUAUCCAUCACUAGAAAAGGAAACUUAAAAAUUGCAUUUUCUGUCUGGUAUGUUGUUAGCUUUGGAACCUUGCAUUUUUAGGGACAAAAUUGUUUUGUCUUAGAAUUCUGACAAUUUGUAUGUAAGCAAAUAAGAAAUGAAAAUCAAACUCCUAUGAAAUGUUUUAAGCUAAGAAAAAAUCUGCACAAUAACAUGUACAUUCUUUUUCUUUUCCAUUUACUUUUUCUUUUACAAGAAUUAUCAUGUGAAACUCUACCUGGAUUGUUUAUUUUUUAGCAGCUCAAUCAACACUUCCAGCUCUACAGUAACUACAGUCUGAUAUAAAAGCAUGUGCAGAUCUUGAUCUGUUUAAUGGAUUGGUUGGUUGGCCUUCAAAUGAGUGAUGAAAAACUAUCUGAGGACACAUCAGCAUCACACCACAGGCACAUCAUGUAGCACCACAGGCACACCAUGUAGCACCACUGACAGGCUAAGUACCAGGUUGUACCAUUACUUGGCCAGUUUUUGUCAUGUACUGGAUGUAAAAGCUGCACCUUAAGCCUCUAAUAAAUACUAUAGUAUUAGUUUUAUAAGCCGGUAAUGAUGAAAUGGCUUGAAUAACAGCCAGCAUAUCUGCUCAUAAAAUUGGUUAACUCAUUGCAAAUUUGAGGAUGCUCUGGACCCACAAUUCAC